AUGCGAGUGGUUUCGCAGAAAGAUUCUGCUGCCAAAAGUGGUAAUCCAAAUAUGCCUUCAUACGAUAAGACGACUCCCAAUCGACCAUUGGCACCAACUUUAAGUGCUUCUGCGAACAGAGGAAACAAACCCAAGACGCCAUUAACUCCCAAAGUUUCGACAGCAAAACCGGCUUCAAGACAAUCACGUCCAGAAAAUACUACGCCAAAUAAUACAAAAGACGGUUCAUCGACUCUCGGUCCUAUAUCCAUGAAUGGUCACAAUAUAACCGCGAGAUCAGGUACAAGAAAGACUCGAUUUGAUAGUAUAAGUCAUUCACCAUCAGGAACUCCCAUGCCUUCGGAAGGUCCUCGAUUAUAUGAUCCUACACAGAAUGCGUCUGGAUUGGGUAUUUCAGGGAUGGAGAGGGAUACAACGAAACGAUCAACUGUAGCAUUCAGUCCUUCAAAUUCAGAGUUAAAUUGUUCACAAUCAUCACAAUCCUCUGCCGACUCCAAAUUCUUCUUUGCGAGUGAUGUAAAACCACAGAUUCACAGUACACAACAAACAAAACCUGCGUUUGCUAAAAAACCUUCCGCCUUCUUUCAUGCCAAUGGAGAUAAAGUUCCCAAGAAACAACCACCUCGUUCUGGAGCAUCGACCGUAGGAUCAACUCUUGGAGAGGAAAGAGGUCAUGCAAAGUUUUUCCAUGCCAAUGGUACACCGGAAUUAGGACUAUCGCCUUCACCACAAUUUGCGCCUCCUCGCCCGAGUUCGGUUCUCUCAACUCAUUCUCGAGUCGCAUCUCCACGAUUGGCAAAUGCUACGACGACAUCCCCUUCACAGCGACCCACGUCACCACAAAAAUCAAAUACACAAUAUGCCUCAAUAUCAACAACCAGAUCUCCGACCCCACUGGCUUCUCCUGUUUUACCUCGACCGAAAGCUGUGGUUCGUGGUCAAUCGGCGAAUAAUAUUACACAGUCAAGAAGGACAAGUGGAGAUGGGGGGUAUGGACAUCAACGGAAUACAAGCACAGGAUCAUCCAUGGAGAGAUUGAUAUUGACAAGGAAGGUCUCACCAGGGGGUCAUUCGACAGAUGUACCAAAUCCAAUAACAAUCACAGAACCAUCAAGUCCCGCCUCAAUAUCACAUGCAGAUGAGAUACCUGAAGGAGAGGAGGAGGAUGAGGAUGAGGACGCGGAACUACGAAGAUAUAAACGACUCAGUCGUUCGGGUCGAUUAUCUGUGGCCACAGGCGCCUCGUCACGUGCAACAAGUGGGACUUUGUCUGUUGUGGAUGAGAGAGAGGGUAAUGGCCUAUCGGAUAUUAGUCAAGGGAAUUCUGAUCUGGAAGAUGAGGAAGACGAAGAAGAAGAGGAGGACCCAUCUUCUGAAGAAGAUCUCAUUGAUGCCGGAACAUUAAGUCCUGGCGCGGUAGCCGAACAUGAUCUCAAACAUCGAAAGAAAGACGAAAAAAGACUACGCCUCGACUUAUCAAAACAUCAACAACUACUGAUCGACAGUCAAAAAAUGAAUCAAAGUCUCAAGAAAUGUUUAGGCUGGACCGAAGAACUUAUCAAUGAAGGAAAAAGAGCAUUAGAAUAUAAAGUUAAAACAAGCGAUAUAGAAACUCUCGCACCUCGCGUCUUGGCACCAGAUGAACUCGACGAUAAUGACGUUGAAAUGGAUAAUGAAGGCAUGUCAGCAAUUGGUGCAAGUCUUUUGAGAGAAGCGAGGAAAGCAGCAGCGGAACAAAAGGAUAAGGCAAAUAAUCUUACGGUGCCAACGGAAACAGAUGAACAAUUGGAGGAUUUAACACAGGAUAUUCAAUUUGCGCUUUUUGCAUCGGGAGAAUCAAGUGAGAUGCCAGUGGAGGAGAAGAGUGAGGAAAGACCGGAAUUGGUACCGAUUGCUCCGCCUACCAGUCCUUGGGUUUCAACUUUUACAUCGAGAUUGCAGACUCGUUCGUAG